AUCGCGCCCGGCGCGUUCACGACCCCUCAUGACGUCCCACAUCGUCAAGGUGGACAACACCGAUCCGCGCAUAAUCUAUCGCAAUAUCGAGCAGUUCGGUCCAUACCAUGGGCGCGGGUGGACGACCUUGAACGGCGCGAGCGAGGACGAGGCGAAACAGGGCGCGAUUUACAACAAUAGCUUGCAGGUGGCUGCAUUGGAGGAUAUCAGCUUGGAGUUCACCUUCUCAGGACUCAGCGUAGCGGUGUACGGGAGCAUCCGCCCGCCGACCGCGUCCUUCGCGCCGCUCACGACGUCCAAGUACAGUGUGAUCGGGUACGACUAUGCGGGCAUCCCCGCGAUGGCGCCGUAUGUGGCGAGCAAUGUCACCAGCCCAGUAAACAACGUGAACUUCUGGUCACAGAGCGGGAUGCCUAAUAAGACGUACACGCUCUGGGUCAACAUCACGUCCUCGACGGCGAACAUGCCUUAUUACUUGGACUAUAUCGCGAUCGAGGUCCCGGGGCCGGCCCCAUCUUCGUCUGCGUCUUCGACCUCGAGCUCGGCGACGUCGGGUACGUCCAGUGCUUCUGCCACAGCAACCACGUCAGAUACGUCCUCGUCGACAUCUACAGCCUCCGCGACAUCUGCGCCAGUAAACUCAGCAUUUGCACGCGGGUCUUCCGUCCCGAAAGGUGCCAUCAUUGGCGCGGCAAUAGGUGGGACCGCGGUGCUCCUGAUGCUGCUUAUCAGUCUGCUUCGCUGGUACAAGCGACGGCCAAAGCCUCCUCCCGAUUACGACUACGGCUCCGUCGCCCAGCAAGAUUCCCCGCCACAUAUCAUGCCGUUCGUGAACCCCACACAGGCCGCCGCAAUGGAGCAGACCGGGGAUCGCGGGCUGAUGUUCGUACCUGGGCUUCCCCCGAGCUCGCCGUCGUUCGGGUCGGGCCUGCAGUCGCCCGAUGUACUGCCGUCACAGAAGGCACUCGCAAUGGAGGCCGCGCGACGAGGGACGAUAGAUGGGCUUGGCACACCCGGUGCGGGGUCGUCGACGGCUGGCUCGGAUCGCAAGGACGGGGGCACGUUCCUGGGCAGCAGCAGUGGAAGUCGACCGCAUACGCCUGGGGCGGUGUCCGAGGCUGGGUCGAGUAGCGGACCGUCGAAUGCGAGCGCACCGGGGUACGUGCCACCACCACAGAGCGAGUUGAUGCGUGCAUUGGAGGACGACGAAUCCCCGCCGGCGUACACGCCAGCAUAGCUGGGGACAUGUUUUGGAUCGCAUAGGGCUCCUGUAUUGUGCUUGAGAUGAUUAUUAUGGUACCAUCGCAUCGCUGUUAUUUACUGGGUCGUCGAGGACGGGUUUACUUACCUGCUCAUUGGGGAAUGCGCCAUGUUAC